GGAGCGGAAAGAAAAUGAUGUGCUGUUUCUAUGGUGUUUAAUUGUUAUUUUCAGGAAACGCUACUCUCUGGGGCUGGCCGACCUCCAGUUUGGUGGCCAAGCUACUUAUAUUAAAGGCCUUCCAAUAGUUUUUGACAGUGGCAGUACCUACAGUUACUUCAGUUCGCAAGCUUACAGCGCCCUAGUUUCUAUGAUAAAUAAAGACAUAAACGGGAAGUUAACUAUUGUAGUUGAGGACAAAAGCCUCCCGGUCUGCUGGAAAAGUGGAAAGCCCUUCAAAUCCAUCCAUGAUGCCACUAAUUACUUCAAGCCAUUGGUGUUGAGCUUCAGAAAUGGCAAAAAGGUCCAAUUCCAACUGCAACCUCAAACUUAUCUUGUUGUCACGGAACACGGCAAUGUGUGCUUAGGUAUCUUGAACGGUGAUGAGGUCGGGCUAGGAAAUCUCAACGUUAUUGGAGAUGUUUCUCUGCAAGAUAAAUUGGUGAUUUAUGACAAUGAGAACCAGCAGAUUGGAUGGGCUGCAGCAAACUGCAAGAGGCUUCCCAAGUCUUGACCAAUUUUAUUGUUUUUGUUUGUUUUCAGCUUUCUUCGGCUGGAAGCAAU